AAAAGAUAAGCUAGGGACGUCGAUGUAUUAAUAUACAAGCGAAAAAUGGCCAAUUCUAAAGCAAGGGCUGUGCUGCAAGUUGUUAUUUCAUUCAUAUAUACCGGACUAGUCAUAGGAACAGAUUGCAAAGAUGGCUGGACGGCAUAUCACAAUUCAUGUUACUUAUUUGCACGAAACCACGCGUCGACUUUCACCGAGGCCGAGCAUUACUGUGGGCAACACGGGGGUCAUCUCGUUUCCAUGGAGACGAAAGCUGAAAAUAUGUUCAUUAGAGACUAUCUACACGGCCUAAAAGACGAAGAUCGUUGGAUAGGCUUAACAGAUGAGAUGAUAGAAGGAGCUUGGGUAUGGUAUUCAUCAAAUACAGAUGCAACAUACACAGACUGGUUUCCGGGUCAACCAAAUUCGCACGGAGGAAAUGAAGACUGUGUCAUACUCGGGUACCAUAAUGACUACAAAUGGGUUGAUGCACCCUGUACCAGUUCGUAUGAACCGAUAUGCGAGAUUGUAUCUGGUGAAGUGGAUAUAGUUGGAUAAAAUGAAAAAGUCGGUUUAAGCGUUGGACGUUAUAUAGAAAAA